AUGUUUAUUUUAUUUUUACUAUCUAUUUUACAUUUAACAAUAAGUCAAGAUAUUUUAAAUCCACAUAUAUUUUCUGAUUGUAAACAUUUAAUAUUACCAGCUCGUUGUCAAUGUUAUCAUUCAGGUCAUGAAUCACAAUUACGUUGUCUUAAAAGUGAACUUCAUUCAUUACCAAAAUUACCGAAUAAUAUGCGUUGGAAUGCAUUAGAUUUUUCAUAUAAUUAUAUAACAUCUGUUGAUAAUUAUGUGUUUGCUGAUAUCUAUGUUGAAACGAUAAGUUUAAAAUCGAAUUAUCUUCGUCGAAUUGAAAUAACAGCAUUUGAUCAUAUUAAAAAUUUAAAAGAAUUAUUUAUUAAUAACAAUCAAUUAAAAGAACUCUUUCCUCAAACAUUGACAUCACCAGGUUCUAGUCUAGAAAUAUUUGAUGUGUCAUAUAAUCCAUUUCAAUAUUUGGAUAUCGGUGAAAUUCUUCUUAAUUUACCUAUGUUAAAACAGUUUCAUGUUGUAUCUUGUCAUUUAAAUAAUACAAGUAUUUAUACAUUAACAAAAUUAAUUCCAAGUCCAGCUGAUUUACAUAAUCAAACAAGUACAAGACAUGGCCAACUUUCCUUAGAAAUCCUUGAUUUAAGUUAUAAUAAUUUAACAACAAUAUGUCAUAAUUUAUUUGAUGGGUUAUAUAAUUUAAUUGAACUUCGUCUCAAUCAUAAUUCAAUACGUUUAAUUGAUAAUAAUUUUCUUCAUACAUUUUCACAGAUAAAAAUUAUAAAUUUAGCACACAAUCUACUCGAACAGGUCCCUAGACUAUCUAGUCGUUCCUUAGAAAUUUUAAAUUUUUCAACGAAUCAUAUACAUUAUAUUGGUGAUUAUUUUGCUUCACAACUUCGUUCAAUACGUGUAAUUGAUUUAGAUCAUAAUCAUCAUUUAAAUAAUACAUCAAUUCGUGCAUUUUGUUUUUUAAAUAUAUUAACAUUAGAAAAAUUAACAUUUCGCUCAACUAAUCUCAUAUCAUUAGAUACAUUUGGUGAACUCUUAUGUCGUUUAAUUAAUGUAACACAUAAAGUAAAUACUAUUGAUAUAAAUAAUAAUGUUAAUUUAAAAUGUGAUUGUACAUUAAUACAAUUUCAAAAUUAUUUAAAUAAUUUCAAGGAUCUAACAUGUACACAACAUGGACAAGAUCGAUAUUAUAUAUCAAAUCCAUUAAAUCAACUUUCCAAUUGUCAAUAUGAUUUUUGUUUAAGAAGACAACAACAGACAGAAGCAGAUUAUUGUAAUUAUUAUGAUGCUGAACGUGUUGUAUAUGAAGGAACAUGUAAAGCUAAAUUAAUAGCAAGUGAAGAAAGAAAAAAACUGAAACUAAAAUCAAUGUCAACAACAACAAUAACAAUGACAACAUUAAUUGAUUUGAAAUUUUUCGAAAAUAUAACUGAGAGUAGAAAUUUAACAAAACUAGGAAAUUCAACAAAAAUCCAAAUAGAAAAAAAACAAAUAUCAAAUUUAAUAUCAAUAAACAGAAAAAGUUUUAUAUUAUUAAUUAUUUGUUUUCUUUUCUUGUUAUUGUAG